GAAAAGUUUUCCCAUCAUGAUGUUUCCCUGCAGCGCCCUGCCGCCUCCUCUCUGCCCGGCCUUACUGCGUCCUCCUGCGGCUCUCUCCUCUCCGCUGACCCGCUCGCUCCCCUCAGGCUUUCUGGUUGAAGAUUUGCUGCGGUUAAGCCAGCCGGUCAGCUACAUUCAUCGGACCGUCUCUUCUAGAAGUUUAGGGGACAUGUUCGCCAUCGGCCCGGGGCUUGGCGCUCCUUCCCGGGGGUUGGGACACGGCACCGAGCGGUGUGUGCUCCAGAACUCCGGUCAGCCGAGUCAGAACAGCCCCGGCUCUCCGCAGACCGCCUGCCCGGACUCAGGGUACCUCAAGUUCGGUGUCAGUGCGAUACUGGCCCCGUCUACACGGAGCGUCCAGAGUUUUCAGACCAAGUCUUUACCUCUGCCUUUUUUUGAUGGGAGCCUCCAUCCUUUCCUCAGAGCAUCCUACUUCACAGCCUCCUCCUCUGUGGUUCCUGUACCAGGCACGUUCUCCUGGCCCCUGGCCCCCAGAGGGAAGCCCAGGAGGGGCAUGCUUCGGCGGGCCGUGUUCUCAGACCUCCAGAGGAAGGCGCUGGAGAGAACUUUCCAGAAGCAGAAAUACAUCAGCAAACCAGACAGGAAGAAACUGGCCAGUAAACUGGGACUGAAAGACUCCCAGGUGAAGAUCUGGUUUCAGAACAGGAGGAUGAAAUGGAGAAACUCCAAAGAGAGAGAGCUGCUGUCAACGGGCGGCUGUCGACAACAGACCCUGCCCACCAAAACCAACCCCCACCCAGACCUCACGGACGUAGGCAGCACUUAUUGCCAGAGUUUGGACAGGAAUGCACCCAUCAGCCAAUCACAGCUGGAAAGCCAGGAGUUGCAUAGCCAACAGCACCAACAUCAUCGUCAUCAUCAUCAUCAUCAUCACAGUUCCUCCUCUCCGUCAGAGUCGAGCAAACAGUCCGAGUCAGAAAGUGAAGAAAUCACAGUCUCAUAG